ACUUUCUACAUGGGUAGAUAAAACAUCUUUUUAUGAAUGUUUCUCAGCAGUGUGUUGUGCGCCUACCAGCUGUCAAUUCCAUUGGUAAAUUUUAUUGAGUUUAUGGAAUAGUGAUAACAAACAAGCUACAUACGGGUCAUUCAAAAUUGGGUGGUUUUUCGUUCUUAUUUUUAUUUCCUGAAAAAUUACUUCUCAUUUACCGACAAGAGGCAACUGCCGUGUGCAAACCGUGGGGAAAAUUUCCGACGAUUGUAUCAUUCGAUAGGAAUGCUGAAUGAAAAGUUGAAUGGGCAAGUUUGUAGUGCGCUCGCUGAGUGAAGUUGUUUGCGCGUGGAUUAAUUUCCCGCCUACAGUGGUCGAGCUCUAGACACAACAUCUCCUGAUAGGGCUGCUGUAUGGUUUGACCCAAAUGGUAAACAUCGCUUGCGUUUCGUGUAAUCAUCAUCGUUUGUUCAGACAGAAAUGCUCCCGAAAAAACUAAUGAAGCAAAGUUGAAGGAGACAGAAGCGUGCUGAUAAACCUGCUGGCGGAACAAUCGGACCGAAUUCGGAGAAGAAAAAAAGAAAGCGAAUAGAUAACGUUCACAAAUAUGAGUGAAAUCAUUCCGUCCGAGCCGAAACGAGCGAAAAUCGCAUGCGAAAAGUCUGGCGUGUCCCUGAUAAAGUCCAUCUUAUCAGACGAGUAUUCAGAGACGAUUCCACUGGUAGACGUUUAUGUUGGCCAUAUAAGCGACUCACGACAUAUAUCAAAAUUAAUUUCGGAACUUGGUCGAUGUUUGUCUAUUCCAAGGUUGCAGCAUUUGAAACGGGUCGGUCGUGAUGGUAUGAUAAUUCUAAAGGAAGUUAAAGAGCUGCGAGAGAUGUUGCAGCGUGAAGGAUGUAUUGAGUCAUCGGAGAAUGAUGACAAACCGAUAGAGGAUGAAGGACUCGAGGAACGCAUUAAACUCGGUCUAGCGCAGUAUUUCAAGCUGAACGAUGUUGACGAUGCGUUAGUCAGGGGACUGUACACAACUACAGCAAAACGAAAAGUAGCUCAGUUUCCUCCCAAGCUACGUUGGCAGUAUGAGUGUGCUAAUCCUCAUUGGCCUUGUAAGUUUCAUCCGAAUAAACACUUGGAAAGCUUAUACACGAACACACUUUUUAGCGAUAACGAAAGGAUGUACCAUUUGCAAAUCAUGACUGCAUGUCUGUAUUUGUCUCGAGAAAUCGCUAGCCAACCCUUCGGAAUUUGCGUUAAUCCAAAACUCAAGCGAAUCGCCGCGAUAGGAGUAGAUAGAUGUGAAAAACAUCCGAUGCUGCAUUGCCCCAUGGUGUUAAUUGAUAAGGUAGCCGUUUCACAGAAUGGAGGUGUUUGGCACGUGGAAGAGAAACAUGAUUCGUCUGAUGGCAACGAUUAUACCUUCGAGGGCAUUGAAACCAAAUUUAUGCGUAUGUUGAGUGCUAAAUUUCCUGAUUUAGAGUUUGGUGCACAAACGAUGGGAGCAAAGAAGUUGGAGAACCAACAGAACAUUUCACCACACGAAGACAAUUUGGCAAAGUAUGGACCAUACCUUUGUACUGGGUAUGACGUUUAUCUAACGCAUGAGCCUUGCAUAAUGUGCGCGAUGGCUCUGACGCACAGCAGGGUGAGGCGUGUAUUCUUCCACCAUAAAACUCCCAAUGGAGCGUUGACAUCCAUAACAAAGGUUCACUGUGCUAAAGGGCUAAACCAUCAUUACGAAGCAUUUGAGAUUUUAUGAAUACAAUAAAUAAAAGAAGAAUGAAAAACGAA